AUGGCAAUCGCAGCAAUUGGUCAAAUUUGUUCUACAGCGUCAUUGAAAGCCAACUUGGAACAAUGCGUCAACCUCGUAGCCAAAGCUGCCAGUGGUGGUGCUAAGAUUCUAUUUUUACCAGAAGCCUCCGAUUAUGUUGCACCAAACGCCCAAACGUCUCUUGAGCUGGCUCUUCCCCAAUCCACAUCACCAUUUGUCGCUGGUCUGAGAGACGCCGCAAAGCGACACUCAGUUGCCGUCCACGUCGGUAUUCACCACGCACCAGAAAGCCAAACAGACAGUUUGGCCUCCAAUUCUACAAGAAGAAUGUUUAACAGAGCUUUAUACAUUGCCGCGGAUGGAAGCAUCAAAAAUGAGGCAUCAUAUGAUAAACUGCAUGUCUUCGACUAUGCCAAUUUGAAGGAGAGCGCCACAGUGCAGCCUGGAGCGAGACUAACCGCGCCUUUCGAGUCACCCAUAGGCCGAAUUGGGAGCUUGAUUUGUUUCGAUUUGCGUUUCCCUGAGGCUGCCGUGGCAUUGGCCCAGCCAUUACCAGAUAGCCCAUGGGCAGCUAGUCCUGCCCAGAUUCUGACGUAUCCCAGUGCCUUCACAUUGCGGACAGGCAAGGCACACUGGGAAACCCUGCUUCGUUCAAGGGCAAUUGAAACUGAGAGCUGGGUAGUAGCUGCUGCCCAGGUUGGUAAGCAUAACGAGAAACGCGCAAGCUAUGGCUGUAGUCUUGUGGUUGACCCAUGGGGAACGGUUCGUUUAAAACUUGGGGGCACUGAUAAUGACGGCAACGCAGAAGAGGGUGCUACCGGUCAAAUUGGCUUCUUCGACGUUGAUUUAGGCGAAGUAGAGCGAGUGCGCCGUGAGAUGCCUUUGCAACGCAGACCGUGA